UAAUUUUCUUCUCUGAAAAGUUUUUAAUUCAGAAUGCGUAGUAAUUUGACAGCGCCAACUUUUCAGUGUGGCAACACCGCUCGACGAACACGCUUCCCUCAAUACAGUACGAUUAUUAUUUUUGUUAGAAAUAAAAUUAAAAAAAAUAAAAAAUACAAUUUAUUUUGAUUUUUUAAAAUAUAGCAACAAACAUAUUGUGAAGUAUUUUAUGAAAUUCGUAAGAUAAAUAAAAAGAAGAAACGGUUCAUAAAAGCAGCGGCAAAGGGCAAACGAUGUUAUCAGCUGAUUUUAUGAUUUCCUUUUAUUAACCAAAUUCCGCCAACUUCGAUAGCGUAAAACACUCUGCCGUAAAAAAUUGUGUUGCCUUAAAGGCUAAAGUUAAGUGACAUAUUUAAUAACAAAAAAAGAGGAGGAAGUAAUUGCAAGACACUUCGAGGAAUUCAAACGCAGAGCUUAAACUAAAAAAAAAAUGUCAAAUUUUCGAAAACGUCACUUUCAGAAGCAAGUCACACCUGGCACGCGUACCAGUCCACAAACAGGACAAGUAAUCACAUCAAGUGGGAAUCCUUCAUUGGAUGUGAUUUUAGGUGGUGGUCUACCAAUUGGUUCCAUAUGCUUGAUAGAGGAGGAUAAAUAUGUUACACACUCAAAAGUGUUGGCAAAAUACUUCUUAGCAGAAGGCGUUGCCUCUUUUCAUUGCCUUUUUCUGGGUAGCCUGGAUGAUGAUCCUGUUGAAUUGCUCAGCAAACUGCCAAAACCUUUAAAUGAAGAAGAAAUUGAAAAAGAGUUGGCAGACGAUAAACAAAAUGGUGAAACUGAUAAAAAUGGUUUACGCAUUGCUUGGCGUUAUAAUGAUUUGCCAAUUGUCAAUUCAGAGCAAGCAACUGCAAAAAUUGGACAUCAUUUUAAUUUAAUGGAACAAUUCAAUCCAUUGGUACUACGUUAUGCAGAUACCACCAUCUGGAAUGGUACAAAACGUAAAGCUUUAAAUGAUGAAGACGAUGAGGAUGGUGAAGAGGAUUGGAAUGAAAAUGGUGCUGGCGAUAAUUGUAAUGUGCGUAAAGAUGACCCAUUAGCAGUUGUGAAUGAUACACCACAGCCAAACAUAGGUGAUAAUGCGUCUAGUAGUACUGAAAAGAACGAAGAACAAAAGUUAAAUGAUUCAAAUACAACACCCACUAAUGAUGCUACAUUACCUUCACCAUCACCGCCACCACCUUUACCAACCACCACAACUGAAGAUGAAGCACAAAAAUCCAAAAUAUUUUCUAAUGAAAAAUAUUUACGUAUUUACAAUGAUAUACAGGAAUUGCUGUCGGAGACCAGAUUUAAAUCAAAUUUUAUACAUAAAAAUUUAUGUCGUGUUUGCAUCACUUCACUCGGCUCACCAAUGUGGUAUGAUGAAAAUUUCGGUAAAGACAUAUUGAAAUUUUUAACUGCUCUACGUGCAGCAGUGCGUAAUGUUGUCUCGGUUUGUUUCAUCACAAUGCCUAUGCAUCUUAUCGCAAAAUAUGAUGAAAAUCUGGUAUCAAAAAUACGUAAUUUAGUUGAUUACUCAAUUGAAUUGGAAUCUUUUGCUGGUUCCGAACGUGAAACAAAUCCUGCUUUUCAGGAAUAUCAUGGUCUUAUACAUCUAAGAAAGAUUUCUGCCAUAAAUGCCUUAAGUGCAUAUAUGCCGGAAACUACGGAUCUGGCAUUUAAAUUGAGAAGGAAGAAGUUUGUUAUAGAAAAAUUCCAUUUACCACCAGAACUUGAUGACAAUAACCAGGAUUCUCCUAUGGAUGUUACACGGACUAUAAGCUGUGGAUCUAAUACAAGUACUAAUUUGGAAACAUCAUUGGAUUUUUGAGUUGAAUUCGUAGUGUCAAGUGGCCAUAAGUUAAUAAUUUGGUUAUUUGUUCUUAUUUUAUUUUGCAAUGCAAAGUUAAGAAAUUGUAAAUUUUAAAAUUUAAAAUAAUAUAAUUUUUAAAAAAUUUAAUUUGUAAAUUGUUAACAAGAGAAAAACAACAAAUUUAUAUAUGCCAUUUUGUAUACAGAAUUGCUAAAACCUAGUAAAAUAGAAAAAAUUUUUCAAAAACAAAUCCAUUAUAUUAAUAAGAAAUAAAUCAUUUUAUAUGUAUUAAAAUUGU